AUAUUCCUACGUUUCGUAUCUUCUUACGUAGAAUCGUAUCAGAUAGUAUUAUCGAAAGCAGGCAAACACGAGUAACAUCUGUUCGCUGUUUAAUAUUUACAUAUCGUGCUCGGCCUUCUGGAGGUCGCGUCGAUAGGGAAUUUAAUGGGAGUCCAUUACGCUUGAUUUAUGGUCUGAAAAUGUAAUUCAAGAUAGCGCUUUCGUUUGAAUACAAACUCUUCUCGCUUGGAGUACGCCUGCAGCGUGUAAGACUGUGCGCAUCUGUCAUCGGACGGGCACCAUAUAGUAGCUAUCAGCGAUAAAAUAUUUAACCUGCAAAUGAGCUCGGUCGGUGUACGGGUUAUCUGUAAAGGACACGCCGAGAAGUGAAACCACGCACGAUUUCCCGGUCGUCAAUAAAUAAAUAUCAAAAUACAAUACAUUCACGCGUAGUAUUCCCGAAUAUUUGAAUUUCAUUUCGUGACGAGGUUAUAUACCAUAAAGAACAAUAUAUUAUUUCAUUUUCGCGGUCGUAUGAUGUACGACGGAUGCUAGAGUGUGUUAUCUAAUCUACGUGACUUAAACCGGCAAAGAAACGAAACAUAAAUUGAUACACGACACCAUUUACGGGUCCGACACGAAAUCUCGUAACUCUCGUGAAAAUAUAAUUCAACGACCGUGCGAUAUGUCUCUUGUUUUCUGAAAAUACGCGAGUAUUCGCGCCGGAUUCUCAUCCGCGCCAGGUUCCGUAAAAUUCUAACACAACUUUUACCAGUGUUCGCGUGUGAAACGGUGAUUUGUCAGCGGUUUCGUUCGAUAUAGAAAAAGUAAAAAGCGGAAGAUAGAAAAAGGAAGAGAAAGAAAGACGCGUACCGGAAAAAUUUGAUGAAAGAAAAAAAAAAAAGAAAAAGAAAUUCGAGCGGCGCGACGUAGGAAUUGCAGGGGAGCACGUGGGCGGUGCUUGAAGUCUAGUUCUGCGCGCCUCUCGCUUCCAGUAUUCGUCUGCCCGUCCGAGGGAGCGCGAGUGUUACUCCGUUGUAGCAGUGGCGCGCGCGCGCGCGCCUUCUAGCCUUUUUUCGUAAUCCGGACGAGAGGCCGACGUUGGCGGCGCCAAGCGAGAAGAGAAGAUGAGGAGGGAGGCCGUCGACCCGUUAUAAAUGGAACUAGCAAGACAGCAUUUCUUGAAUCGUUUCUUCUGUUAUUAUUCGCAGCGUGUCGGCGCACUAGCCCGCAUGUUUGUCCGCGGCGUUACCAGAACCUGCACAUCCUCCGAUAUUAUUAUCACCGUGGUCCAAAGGAUGCAGUCGAAUCGUGGCGACCGUGGAAAGUGAAGUUUUCGAAAGGAAAAAAGAGAAAUCGAAGGAGCGAGAAAUCGACGGACAGAAAGUGGUAUUUUUUGAUGACCAGGCGACCAGUGUGAAACUCUUGACGGGCACGAAUUAUAGUGGCGCCUUUUUAGUGAGCGCGAAAGAGAAGAAAUUUCAAAAUUCGAGAUAUGCCCGUGGCGACAUACGGUGUACGAUUCUGGAAGUUCGCAAACGGUGAUAAGUGGACAAAGUUCGAAGAUCGUGUUUUACCUGUUGUUCGGUCGAUAAUAUACGGCGAGUCUCGGUUUCGCGGUUGCACGCUCGUUUAAAUUGGCUGUCACAAUUCGAGACGCUCGGUGCCGACUUGUUCGCGAGAAGAUUGCGACGGUCGAGCCAGUGAAUCACAUCUGAGAGCGACAUUUCGAAAGAUCGAUGUGUCGUCGGGUCUAAAAAGGUGGCUCUUACUCAACGCCGUUUAUCGCGCCAUUGGGGAGCGCGUGCUUGGAAUGAAUGCCGCGUUUUCAACCGCUAUGUGAAGUUGUCCCUACAGUUUGAACGUGAUUAGUGGAUGCGCUACAAGAGACCGAGUGUCACCGGUUGCUUUGCAAUGUGAGUAAAUAGAAACUUUGUGUAGAGACAGAAGAACCGAGGAACAAAUCAAACAACCACUCUUUAGAGGUUUUGUUGUCGUUUGAAUAUCGUUGACCCGAUGUGAAUGUAUUCGAAGGAAAUAUUCGCGUCACUUCUAUAAAGGUUAGUUACGAUAUUUUUGUCCGUGAACGUUUACAUUUUUCGACAAAAUAUAUUUCUCGUGAAUCGUUUAGUGACGGGGUUCGUAUAUGUAAACGUUUAUUCGCGAUUCUUCUCUCGUGUAUGUGUGUGAUGUGAAUGGACUUUAAUACGGUCGAAACGAAAGAAACUGUAGGUCGAGUGAAAAGUAACACGAACAGUGUUAAUCGGACAGCAUAUGAUGUGCAAGCGCGGCUCGAACGACACCUAACAUCCACGUCUGAUGACAAACGUGAACAGGAUCAGGGUGGUCGUCCUCGGCGGCCCCAGAGUCGGGAAAUCAGCCGUAGUAGUGCGGUAUUUGACGAGGCGAUACAUCGGCGAGUACAGCUCAACCAGCGAUUUCCUGUACCGGCACAGCGUUACCAUCGAUAACGUUAGUACCGAGGUGGAGAUACUGGACACUUCCAGGUGCGAGGAAAAUGGUUGUCUUUACUCUCACAUACGAUGGGGCGAGGCUUUCGUGGUCGUUUACAGCGUGACGUGCAAACGAAGUUUUCAGGAAGCUCGCGGAUUGCUGAAGCAACUGGCUGACUUACGUCUACCAUCCUACUUCACUGCUCUGUUGCUCGGCAACAAGAGAGAUCUGGAUCAUGCUCGAGAGGUAUGCGUGGACGAGGGGCAACAGUUAUCGCUGGCGCAUGGAUGUCAAUUCUACGAGGUCAGCGCGGCGGAGAGUCCUGCCGGCGCGGCUCUCGCGUUCCAGGCGCUGCUCCGAGAGGCGAGGUCGGUGCAGCUGCUACGAGCGCUUCCGAUCCGCCGGAAGUUGGGCGUUCACUCGGUAUCAAGGGUACUCGGCACGAUCUUCGGCAAGAACACGACGAAAGAUCGGAAAAAGAGGCCCUCGUUGAGCAUAUGACGCCUCCUCUGCGCCCUCCUCCUCGGAGGUCGUGACGAACCCGACAGGAGAACCGACGUGGUCGUUCUCACCAGCAACGUCUACUCCAAUCGCUGACGAGGACAUCGUUAAGAAAUCGUCUGACCAACAUGAAUCAGUCACGGUGACUCAAAUUUUCCUCUCGAAGGACACGUUUAAGAAGAUGAAGAAGAGAAGAGGAAGAAUAUGUUUGGUGUUCUCUGGACGCGACACAGUUCCUGGCGUCUUGAUUCGUCUUCAAGAAUGAUCCUGAGGAACGCUGGGACGUUGCCUGGCGGACAGGUAAAGAAAACGCAUCUACGGUAGAACCUCGAUUGGCGUAGAAUUACGAAAACGCAAGGGACUGAAAGUGCACAGGUGUCGAGGUUCGUGCAACGAACGAGGUAACCGAUUGGACAGUUUACUGUACUUUUGUUAUGGUGUUCGUGACGAGACUAGGUUGCAGCGGAUGUACGUUUUGACGAAUUGUCGUUCUGAUCCGUGAAACGUAUGCUCGUAAGUGGACCGCAGAUUCUUGUACAAAUUUGUAUUUCGCAGAGUAUCAUUCAAGAAAUAGUGGAACUUCGCGCUUUGAAAUUUUACGUAAAUGUAUGAAAGCCCGCGUUAUACUCGUAAGAACAUAGAUAUAUCCAUAUUUGAUUGCCCCGACGUAUUCGUCAGAACACGCAUCCACCUUCACCACGGUGCGAUUAUAUCAGUUGCGAUUGGAUGUCUCAUAUCGCCGCUCUUGGUCCCGUUUGUUCGUAACCGAUUACGAGAUGCUAUCCUCACAAUGCGUUGCGGAAUAUAACGAGCGAUGUACUUGCGCGGACGAUCGAGGUUCUACCGUGUAUCAUCUCCCAGAAGAAGCUUCGUGACGUAAAAAGGAAAGAUAAUUGUACUUUCUGAGCGGACGAAUGCGAUCAUUUUGUUGACUGUUCGUCGUUGGGUAGAGGGAGGCAGAGGGCGCAGGAGGCGCGUAUCCGAACACCAGCUUCGUUUCACGUGCAUGGAGUUUCGGGAGUUCGAUCGAAAAACGAGAAAAUCGUCGACCGGAGAAAAUAGCUGUUUCCCUAGGGGAACUAAAUGCAGGCGUUCUUGCGUCAGAUUCUCGUGUGUUUACAGACGUUUUCAUUUAACGUUCGAUGGUGAAAAUGGACAGUGAAUCGAAGAGGAGGAGGAGGAGGACAGUGUGAGAGAUUGUUACGAGCGUGGAAAACGACGAAUCGCAAGAAAUUGAUAGCGAGUAAGGUGGUCUUUGUUCGUCGAGUGCUUCGUGUUCGUUUUCCUUUUAUUUUUCUCCCUUCUUUUCCCUUUCUACGUUCUUGUCGGUGUUGCAGUGGUCGAAUCGUAUCUCCUUCGAGGUGGAUGGAGAAUCGGCGAUACGCGCGUGCGACUGCUGUUCCUGAAGGGUUGUAGCUUUAAACGUGACCGGAAGUCGAGGUGAUUCUCUCAUCAGGGUGCAUCGAUACCGAUUCGUAUGAUUACUGUCGAGAAUCGUGAGAAACGUCUCGCUCACUUGAGAUUGUUUCGGUGUAUUUAUUUGUUUCGAGUAAUGCGAGGUAACGGAGUGUACUCGUUGCUGUUGAGCAACUGAAAAGAUGGUUAAAUCGGAUUUUUAAAUGGGAAGCUACAGGAUCGUUAGAAAUAAUUUCGAUGUACGCUUUGUUAGAAACAAAGUGAAAUAAAAAGAAGAAAGAACGAAAUGUUUUCUUAACGUUGUAUCUUGCUAGAAGAUAUUAUUUCGUAUGAAUUUAUUUAUUUUUCUAGUUGAGCCCUACUUCUCUCUACUUUCUUUUUCAUGCAUAUAUACAUGACAUACGUUUUCUAUAAAUAUUGUAAUUUUGGUCAAUGAGAUAUCGAUAGAAUUAUGUAGAUUUAAUUUUAUUAAGUAUAUCGAACGUACGGUAGAAAUUGAAAGAGAAAUAAGAUACACGGUCGAGAAAUAUUCCGUUCACUGAUUUCGUGUCUUGUACAGGCAUUGAAAUCACCAGAUUCUCUCGCCUUUGCAACGCUCUUGUAGCUUCUCGAAUAAACUCUUGAAAUUUCGCUUAAUCUUUCGUCAAUCUUGUCUCCUAACGAUGAAAGGCUUAAUAAAUAUAAAGGACGUAAAACCGGUAAUUAUCAAAGACAAGUUGUACGUAAUUUACCAUUUUUCAAUGUAACCUACGGAUAACAUAGCCAUUAAUGAAAAUCGUAAAACGGCGGAUUAAUGUCUUCUGACGCAAAGGUAGACGUCCAUGUAGAAUUAUGAUUUCCAAUUCUCAUACACAUUUCGAUUAUACGAAUGCAAUUAGGAAGCAUCUUAGAAGAUAUUUUAUUUCCAUAGACGUACGAGUGGAAGUAAUUGGAAAAUGAAUUACGCAAUGAACUAUGUACUGCGUAUGUACGUAUUAUGCAUUAUUACCAACAUUAUUUCGCUUCAUGCUCAAAAGUUUCGCCAUUUCAAUAUUUCUAUUUAAUAUAUCAGCCACUCUUGUCGACGUUUUUCCAAAUACUGCGAUCUCGGUUCUUCCGAGGUCUCGAAUCAGACGUUCUCUAAAUAUUCUUCGAGUCUACAUUUCCUCGAAUAUUCCAAACUUCGACUGACAUCGACGAAACGAGUUGUUCAUUUUCUUAAGAAAUUAACUGCGAAGAUUCGAUUUUUCUACGACCCUUGAACAUUGCUCGACCAGUUUCACGAAAUAUCGAUCGAAAGAUUAAGCGAGAUCUCGAGCUUUCGAAGCGCGACAGACACCCGAUGAGAGGAUUCCGCGUUUCACGCGACACGUUAUCGUCCUACGCGACAAGCUUCACCGAUUCUGCGCUCGUUUCUCGGUCGCGGGACCGGAAACGCGCCGUGAGCGCGGGGACUGGCGCCGCGUUCCAAACGAAACCCGAUAGUCUUUCAAAUAAUCUUUCAAAUUUCGCAGCUGUGGUCGAACGAAGGACAUUCGAUGGCGACAACGCUGCAAAAUCUCGACUCGAUCGCGCUCUGUCUUCUAAAGAAUGUUAAUUCUAAAGAAUGGAAGAUUUGUAUCGUAUCUUGAGCGAUUAGGUCACGUGUAUGUGGAAUCGUUGAACAAUUGAGAAACGAGGAGAAGCACUCGGGAAAUUAUAAUAAAUCGUUCGAUUGAAUAAGAAAUUGACAGUAAAUCGACUCGUAAGUAUUUGUCUAGUAUCGCCUUUCAGAGUUUAGUUUGCUUCGCGAACGUGGUCACGCUGUUUCGCACCUAAUUUUGCGCGAAAGAAGCUAUAGUUUUGGCGGCUACCUACUUCUUGAUCGAAUAAACGAAAGGAACGAACGUUCGAACGAAAGGAUUUCAAGGAUAUAGAGACUGUCGCCAAAGGAUUCAGCAUCAGCGAACACUUUCGAACGUUGGAAAAGAAAGAACGUUGAAACUGAAAUUGCCAAUCGAUUAUUAAAAAUAAAUCUGCAUUCUUAUUUACUUUGACGGCUCUCCUGGUUUCCGACUGUCAGGAUUCCAACGCAGGGAUGUGAUACCUUUGAAUGGAAACGAGACGUGGGUCUCCGUUCUCGAGAUCGAACUUCCGGCUUCCGAGUAAUCGAUUCGACAACCUUAAUGUUCCUACUGAAAGUAGCCUAAGUGUACAUAGCGCACAUACAUUCGCCGAGCGUGAAACUCCCGAGAAGAAGCUCGAGGGUUCGAUCGAUGCAUAGAUUCGUAAGGUGAAACGAGAAUGAGAAGCAUAAGAAAAUGGUCCAGCGUGGCGGACUGACUAUUACGAAGCUCUUAAGGCUAACCACGCGUCGAACUCAGAGUAAACUUUUCGAUUACAUUGUUGUGUUAUUUUCUUCAACACUCAAAUUUGCCAGACUUCUUCGCAGUCAAAAUGUUUCUCGCGUUAUCGUACUUGUAUUUGCGAUAGACGAGGACCAUUCUGCAUUCGCGACAAAUUUAACGAUAUAAAAAUAAUACGGAGAAAUAUAUCUUUUGGUGGAGGAGCAAAAGGAGUAUCAGACAGAAUUACAAGUUUCUCAGAGAUUAUCACAGUUAUGAAACUCUCGUAAAUUGUUAGAAACUCUUGUAAACUUGCAAGAUUAAAACACUUGUGAUAUCGUAUUUAAGAUGCGACGUGAGAUGAGGUGUUAGAUUUUCGUUAUGUUACUGGAAUCUCUGGCGAAGGGAGAAAGAAGUGAAAUUGAUUUGUGUUAUUGGAACCAUAAGCGGAAGACCGCAACGUGGAAAGUAUUAACGUAUUUAUUUUACGUUUAGUAAUCUGUCGAACGAAAGACUUGUAUCGUCUCAUCGGCCCACCAGAGAUAUAAAGUACCCGAAGUAAAAUAUUAUCCGCUGCAUUCAUGUCGAUGUCGCGUGCAUAUCGUAGAAACACGCGUCGAAUCGAAUGCGAGAUACGCGCGGAUCACGCCUGUAUUUUGUCACUCUGAGUUCAAUAUGAAACUAGGUCGAAGGAAUUUAUCAUUGUGGGGCUAGUGAACGGUUUCAUUGACUAGAUGAUAAAUGAAACCGACGAUUCGUAUUCUCAUUGCGAAUUCGUGUUAUUGUUCGUUUUUCUCUCGGCGACAAAACGACCGCCAUUACAGGUUGGAGCAUUUUUUUUUUUUUUUUGUAAAAAAGUAAAACUGGAAAAAAAGGAUCGUUCUUUUUUCUACGGUUAUAGCAAACGCGACUUGGAUCGUGUUUUUAAGGUUCUUAAGUGUAAGUCAUGUUGUACGUAUAGUUCUUUCAGUGCCUUUUAUAUUGUCUCCAGUGUUGGGUGUACGAGAGUUCAUUUCGCCUCGCCGAUAUACCUUCUCUCGGUCUUUUCUUUCGUUUAUUUUAUACUUUGCAACUUGAUACGAUACACGAGACAAAUUAUACCGUGUAAAAAUUAUUAGACAGCUCUGCGUGUCAUUUUUUCUGUAAUUGGUUUUCUGUAUUUCUAUAAUCUCGUGGGAGCAUCGUUUGAUUCGCAGUCGAGGAUGAUCGUAAUCUUCGUUCGAUCUAUUUAUGGCGAAAGGAUCUCAACGCAGAUGGAGCGAUGAAUAUUUGUAAGUAAAGUUGCGUUAACGACGAAAGAGAGUGAAGAGGAAGCGUUAGCUGAGAGACAGGCGAAGAGAAAAGGUUUAUCCGCGAGCCGUGUAACCGAGGGAUGAAAGUAUGUGCUUCCAGAGCGUGCCUAAAAAAAAAAAAAAAAAAAAAAAAUCGAUACAUUCCAAAACGUGUGAAAUCUACGUGGUAAAUCCAUAAAACGGGCGUGAGUGUGUCAUGCGAUUUUUCCGAAUUCUGGCCGAUAUCGAUCGCUGUAUUUUAAGUGCUAGUCACUUGUUAUCGUAAAUUGAGAAAGAAUAAAAUUCUUUUGUUAAA